ACGUUUUUUUCUGUGUUUUUUUUAUUCGUGAGGUUUUUUUUGUUUUUUUAUUUUCUCAGUGUGACGAACAGGGAGAGGGAUGGAGGCUUAAGGGGUUGUGGCAUUGUUGUUUUCAAGCGGGAGUUUAUUUGUUUAUUGUCGACUUUAAAAAUAGGCCGCAUAGUAGCAAGCUAGCUAACAAAAGCUGAAAUUAAUGGAGGCAAGUUAGCUAGCCAGCUAACCUCAAGGAGCUAGCUAGCUUCUACGUUAACUAACUAGCUCAGAUUUCACUCCUCUGUUGUUGCUAGAUAAUUAACUCGCUAGAUAACAUCAAUAGCAGUCUAUCAAGCUUGCCACCAGACAUUUAGCUGAAAGAAAGGGUAGGCGAGUGUUUUAUUGUAACGUUAGGUGACGGUCGGCGGCUAUCCCGUUGGCUGGCAAGCUGUCUUGUGUGUGUGUGUCCUGGCCUGGGAUAGGACAUACUAUAACUUGACAGAACUUAAUGUUCCACUUCAGAAUGAAAUAAUGGAAGAUUCCCAUUUCAACUCAUCAUACUUUUGGUCUCCCGUUCCUACAGUACAAGGACAGAUUGAAAACGCCAUGUUCCUGAACAAGAUGAAGGAGCAGUUGAGUCCAGACAAUAAGGGUUCUCCAUCGUUCCCUCACUCCUCGCACUAUCCCACCGCCGUGCUCACCAUGGACGCUGGAGGCCGGGUGGUGCCCAAACAGGAAGGUGGAGGCGUCCAAUUGAACGCCAUAGGUGGGCACCUGCACCAGCCGCACACCUCACAGAAUAUCACGGUGGUGCCCGUCCAGUCCACGGGCAUCAUGACGGCAGCGGGGCUAGUGAUAACCACUCCUCAAGGCACCCUGGUCUCUCAACCCACCUCCACACAAUCUUUUGUGUCCGGACCCCCUGCCACCACCAUGAUAGUGUCCUCACUGCACCCCACAAACACAGAGAGCAGCCAGCACUCCUCUCUCUACUUCUACAGCCACAGCAAGAAAGAGGAUUUGGUCAUCCCUCCUGCUGUCAUGCCAACGCCCGGGAAGCGGGGCAGGAAGAAGAAGUCAAUGAUGCCGAGGGCGGGCGCCACCCUCCCCCCAGGAAGUGAUGCGUUGAUUCUGGCACACCUGGCUGCUGGGGGACAGCACCACACUGCCGACCAUUAUGACUUAUCAAAUGAUGAGGAUGAGCAUGGGAACAAAGAUGGGACCAAAUCAUACAGGUGCCGGAUGUGUGCGGUGACGUUCUUCAGCAAGUCGGACAUGCAAAUCCACGCCAAGUCUCACACGGAAGCCAAGCCGCACAAGUGCCCCCACUGCUCCAAGUCGUUCGCCAACUCCAGCUACCUGUCCCAGCACAUUCGCAUCCACAGCGGGGCCAAGCCCUACACCUGCUCCUACUGCCAGAAAACAUUCAGGCAGCUCAGUCACUUACAGCAGCACACACGAAACCACACUGAGGGCAAACCGCACAAGUGUCCCCACUGCUCCAAAUCGUUCUCCAACUCCAGCUACCUUGCCCAGCACAUCCGCAUCCACAGCGGGUCCAAGCCCUACACCUGCUCCUUCUGCCAGAAAACAUUCAGGCAGCUCAGUCACUUACAGCAACACCACAGGAUCCACACGGGGGAUCGACCUUACAAGUGUAUCCAUCCUGGCUGUGAGAAAGCAUUCACUCAGCUGUCCAACUUACAGUCUCACCGCCGCCAGCACAACAAAGACAAGCCGUAUAAGUGCCACAACUGUAACCGCGGUUACACAGAUGCGGCCAGUCUGGAGGUGCACCUGACCACUCACACGGUCAAACACGCCAAGCUUUACUCCUGUGGCCUGUGCAACCGCGCCUACACCUCGGAGACCUACCUGAUGAAACACAUGCGGAAGCACAACCCUGACCCCCUCACGGUGGCGGCAGCCAUCGCCGCCCAGCAGGCUCAGGGCCACACCCCCGGAGGAGGGGGCAGGGGGAGGGGCCGUGGGAGAGGAGGAGGCGGGGCAAAUGCUGUGGGUGGUCCUGGAGGGGCGGGCCAGAACCCGGGGCAGAACCAGUCCCAGAACCCCAACAACCCCCAGCAGGGCAGCUACCCACAGACGGAGGGCGUGCCAUGCUCCUUCGACCUGCACCAGUACAAGACGGUGUCGGCCGGCGAGAUCCAGUACAAGCCAGUCAGCGUGGCUGAUCUAUCGGCCCAUAAGGACCUCUGCUUGACCGUGUCCACCUCAGCCAUCCAGGUGGAGCACAUGAACUCAUAGAGCAGGAGGAUGGACAGAGGGGGGAGGGGAGGAGAGGAGUUUGGACAGAGCAGAAGAUAGACAGAAUGGAAAGGGAGGGAGGGAGGGAGGGAGGAGGCUGUGUCACUUUAACUGGGAGGAUAGGCUCAUUGUGAUGGCUGGAAUGGAAUAAAUGGAACUGUGUCAAACACAAUCAAUGUGUUUGAUUCCAGCUAUUUCAAUGAGGCCGUUCUCCGAUUUCUCCUCCCACCAGCCUACACUGACAGGGAGAAAGGACUAAGUAAAAGUGACACUGCCUUGGGGUUGGCGAAGGAAUGGAUGGAAGAAUGAGGUUUGGCGAUGCAAGACCCAAUCAGAGAAGGAAAGGAGGGCGUGAAGAGGAAACCUGAGAUGAAGAGGAAGUAUGGGAUAUGUAGUCCAGUAUUGAAUGAAGAGAUAAUCUAUGAAUGGUUCAAAGAAGGCACUUAAAGGAGAAGACAUCGAAAAGAGAUGAGGGGGGGGGGGGCUGAUAUAAAGAAGGCACUUGAUCAAUCUUGUAUUUUUACCCUCAUGGUUUCUCAUUGUUUCACUUAUUAGUUGUAUGUAUAUUAUCAUAUGUAUGUAUUUUUCUACCAACAUUGGAAUGUGUUAACGAACUACGUGGGAAAGUAAAAAGAUUGUGCAAGGAAAGUGAGUGAAAAGAAACAUCAAGAAACAGAGCAGAUUUUGUAUUUAAGAAUGAUCAUUUUCUAUAUUCCCAACUCAUUCUUGCAAAGCAAGGGGUAUGGGGGAGAAAGGCGGAUUGUGUUGAAACAAUGAGGUACUUUUAACAGUUUUUUUUUUUUUUUACCUUUCAUACAGAGUAUUAGUACCAUCGUUAUUCUUAUUGUACGCAACUAUCAAUGUUAUCCUCAUUAUUAUCCAUUGGAAGAUACUGUAAUCUAUGUAGAUAUGCAGUACCACUCAAAAGUUUGGACACGCCUACUCAUUCCGGGGUUUUUCUUUAUUUUGACUAUUUUUUACAUUGUAGAAUAAUAGUGAAGACAUCAAAACUA